CGGCCCUUUAAGCACUGGGCGGAGCUUGAAUAUUGAACUUGUUACUGCUGUCUGCAGUGAUAUCAUCACACUGCAAUAUGAAGACGCGUUCACAUGACCGCCACCCGUCUCCAUCCCUGAACAAGACACAGGUGCUGUAACUGGGUUAAAAAGUAGGUAUGGGGAAUAAAAGGAGGAGGAAGGAUGCCAGCUGAGCCCCUCAUCCCUCUGCAACUGCCACCGCUGCCAACAUCAGACAAACCCCCCCACAGAAAAUGGCUCAGUCUGUGAGGAGGCCCGAGACUCUAGGAGCCAUGGACCACGAGCCCCAGAGGGACAAGACCAGGACCAGCUACUUUGGCAACGUCAAGACCAGACUGGGUUCCAAGCUCCCUCCUGGCGUCUCUCAGCCUCCACAGUUCGCUAAGCGGCCCUGGGAGACUCAACCCCGAGUGAUGCUGGAACCUGCAGCCAGCAGCCAGCGUCAGCACCAACCCAUUGUGGGCCGGCCUCUGAACCACAUUCCCCACAUCAGAAACCCCAAACUGCGGCAGUACUACCUGCAAGGGACUUCAUGGGAUCUAAACAAUGCUGCAAUGAAGCAAGAGCAUGUGGAUGGACCGCCAGAUGACAGCACAAGCAGCAGGGGUCUCUCUGGGGACACAGUGUUCAGCGUCUCAUCUCAGUUCAACAGUAACGGUACAUCCUCAGCAGAAGAGGGAAAAACUGGCCACUGUCCCUCCCAUUCCUCUUCAAAUUUACCCUUCUCAUCUGCUACCCUCAUCUCUAGAGAGCAGGUGGUCGUACCGAAGGAAAAAAACACUUCCACCAGUCAAAGAUCAUCUCAGCCAGAACUGAACUCUUACCCUAACCCGAAGCGAGAAGUGGAGGCGGAUCCAGAGUCUUUGGAUACACUCGCUGCUCAACCUCAUUCCCCCUCACCAGAGGCAGAAUAUGACAAACUACUGGAUGUGGAGGCGGUGCCGAUGCCUGAUGGACAGCUCUGCUUAUUGGCUCUGCCACCAGAAUGCUGCCAGGGAGAGGGACCAGAGGCCAUGCAGUACCUCAAACUGUUUUGUCGCUACAUCACAGACCGUAAGGGUGUGGUUUCAGGCAUCCUGUUGGUGACUUCUAAUAAGAUCUUCUUUGACCCGUGUAAGACACAGCCUCUGGUGAAGGAACAUGGUUGUGAGGAAUACCUCCUGUCGUGCUCUGUUGACAGUCUGGCAUCUGUCUCCUUCUUCUCUGACAUCUCACAUGUUCACUUCAACACGUCCCAGCAGAGGAGAAAAGGAAAGAAAAUUUUCCAGAAGUUGAAAACAGCCAAAAGGCGAGCAGGUGGCUUUCCAAACCAAAAGGGGGAGUCAAUCCCAGCUCUGGUGUCUGCGGCUCCGUUCGACUUGUCCAGUCUGGCUCUGAGCCUGACCAAAGAGGUUUCUGGGGAGGAGGAGGCAGAGAGCAGAGACAUGGCAGAGGCCGAGGGGACGCUUGAUAGCAGCCCGCUGGAGGUACUGUCAGAGGCGUCUGUAGGCGUCCUGGGAGUAGCUGUCCUGAGCAGUGCUGCUACCUUCUGCUGUGGAGGUCAAGAGGCGGCGAGUAAAGUGAAGACGGAGCCACUGCACACCUCUGUGAAGAGUCAGGCUGCAGUGCCUCUGAAGUCAUCAGCAGGUAGUCCUGGCAGGCUGAUGUUUGUGCGGCUGCGGGCUCAGCCAUCUGCAGGAAAGAAAAAGGGUGUAGGAGGCCUUCAGCUGGGGUCGGCCAAAACUUUACCCCAAAGGGAUUCCUGGCUUGCCCUCUCACAAGACAGCUCUGACGAGCUGUAUGCCUACCUUACGCACUGUCGACCAGACUUGUGUAUACUUGAGGGGGGAGAGGAGGAGGGGGAGGCGGAUCGUGACGAAGAGGAGUUUGUGCUUAUUGAGGACAAAGAGGAAGAGGAGGAGGAGGAGGAGGAGGAGGAGGUGGAGGAUGAAGAGGUGUUCCAGAGGCACCGCAGCUCAGGGGACGACUGGGAGAUGGUGUUGAUGGAAGAUAGUGAGGACAAGCCGACCCUGGUCAUUGACAGGAACCCUGAAGGACUCGAUAAUAUCGUAGAGAGGAGCCACAUUUUAGAAGCUUCACAUGUCAGAGAGCUAUGUAAGGAGCUUCCCCCCAGGACAGUGGGCCACACCUGGCAGCUGGCUUACAGUACGUCCCGUCACGGCUCCAGCCUCAAGUCCCUCUACAGAAAACUCAGUGCCACAGACUCCCCCGUGCUUAUUGUCAUCAAGGAUGCGCUUGAUGAUAUAUUCGGGGCCUUCCUCUCUCACCCUCUGAGGCCCAGUGAGACGUUCUACGGCACAGGAGAAACAUUCCUCUUCAUGUUGCAUCCUCGCUUCAAGUGCUUCAGAUGGACUGGAGAGAACUCCUUUUUUAUUAAAGGAGACAUGGACUCCUUUGCAAUUGGUGGAGGCAGUGGUCACUUUGGUCUGUGGGUGGAUGAGAAUUUGUACCUGGGUCGCAGCAGCCCCUGCUACACCUUCAAUAACUGCUGCCUCUCAGAAACUGACGACUUCCGAGUCAUGGAGCUGGAGGUGUGGACGUUCAGCUGAAGAGGCCGAGCGACCGCUGAGUUUCUCUUUGACUCACUUCGUCCCUGCUGAUCAGCUUUAUCAAGACAGCAUUUAUCACUGAGCAAAAACAAAUACAGCCACUCAUUCAUUUCGUGGUAACAGCCAUGUAAAAAAUAUCAACCACAAACUCCUGGAUUUAUCCAUGUGAUUAACUGCUGUGGAUUUUAGUGAACCGAUCUUGAGCAGCUCAAUGUCCCAGAGUGGGGAUUAAUGGUGGACUGUUUUGUGCUUGACUUUCGAGUUCAACUGACCUGAGCAGACAUGAAUUGUUAUGAAACUGGAUUUUUAAAUCCUCAUUUUUGAAUGGAGUUGGUUACAAGUCUCAGAGACUGCACUUUGCUCUUAAUGUGAAUCAGUAACUUCAUGAUAUCUCAUCAUUUAUCAUGUGAACAUGACGGUAGACCUGUCUUCAUAGGUAAUGCAUGCCCCCACUUUUAUAUAACUGUGUUCAGUUAAUGCUGGACGUCUGAAACACACAUUGGUGUUCUUAUGAAUAGAUUCUCUAUUGAACCAAAACUGCAUGUGCAUAGCCCACAAAUAUCAAUCAUUUUUAGGGGUUUUCAUCAAUUAGUGUCAUAGACAGCAGAAAUAAUGAAAGUAAUCAUGUAAGAACACUUGGAGCUCUACUUUGAGAAAAGCUUCUCAAUUGAAGUUCAUCUGUACUUCUAAUGGAUCUUAGUCUCAUUCAUGACUAUUACUGAACUCUUUUCAUUUCAAGUGCUGACUCAUUGACCACUAUGGUUUUUGAUCUUGAAAGAAAAGCUUGAGAAUUACUUUGAAUCAUUCAACUGUAUCCGUAACAUGCUCUCACUCCGAAAGCUUGAUCUACUUUGCUUCUACUUUGUAGAUUAGUUAAUAAAAAUCAGCACAAAGUGAAAAUGUAAA